UGAAGACGUUGUCCUCUCCGCUGGCACAAACGGUGCACAUAUCGAGAGCCUGGGCUCCAUGACGACAGCUCCUGAACAGCAGAACCUGUGCGUGUUGUUAGCUAGAAACGUUCAUUUUCUGCACAUUUUAACAGCCGUUCCAGCGAAAUAAAUAGAGGAUUUUGAGGAAUAAGACACUCCCUGUCAUUCGGAGUAUUUUAACGUUUAAUGCGAGCAACUGAUGUCCAGUACUGCAAACCUGUUUUUAUCAUCACCUCCUCCCUAAAUGAUAGGGAGGCUUCAUAGCCAAGAUAAAAACAUAGAUCGCCUAUAAGAUCUGCCUUUUGCUUUUUGACAAUCAAAUACAUAGUACCUGAUGGCGACCAUUGCCAAGAGACCAUCCCUGCAGGGUCCCGUGCCUCCUCCUCGCAAGAAGACGACCCCCAAACCAGAGCUAACAGAGGAGCAGAAGCAGGAGAUCAGAGAGGCGUUUGAGCUGUUCGACACAGAUGGAUGCGGAUACAUUGAUGUCAAGGAGCUCAAGGUUGCAAUGAGAGCUCUGGGGUUUGAACCAAAGAAAGAGGAGAUCAAGAAGAUGAUUGGCGAUGUGGAUAAGGACGGCACAGGGAAAAUAUCCUUUGUUGACUUCCUCUUCGUAAUGACACAGAAAAUGGCUGAGAAGGACUCCAAAGAGGAAAUCCUUAAAGCUUUCCGCCUGUUUGAUGACGACGAGACGGGCAGGAUCUCGUUUAAGAAUCUGAAGAGAGUAGCUAAAGAGCUGGGAGAGAACCUCACAGAUGAAGAGCUGCAGGAAAUGAUAGAGGAAGCGGACAGGGAUGGAGAUGGAGAAGUGAACCAGCAGGAGUUCCUGCGCAUCAUGAAGAAGACCUGUCUGUACUGAAGGAAGUGCACCUCAUCAGGGUCGGUGAAGUGAAGGAGACCAGUGUUUUCACAUUCAAUUCUGCUCAUAUAUUACAUGUCCAUUCUCCUAUUGUGUUGUGCCAUAAAUGUCCUCAUCUGGAGACUAUUAAAAGGUUUAGCUGUCAUUACCGCAGUGAAAGGAGGUUUUUAAAGACAUGGGGUUACAUGAUAAUCUAUACAUUUGUUGUACAGUAUGAGAACACUCUCUUUCUUGUUUGUAUUUUAUGAGAAUAACAUGGAUUACAUAAAUGGUAAUAUGUAGGUUGUUUAUUUGCAAGAACUUCUCAGUGCCUACGUCAACGCAAUGACAACCAGUACAUUCCUAUGCUUUAAUUGAUCAUACAGCAUGUACAUUACCUUUCAUCCAUCUUCAUUACUCUGGUAACGCCACUGUUUCAUGUGGUUGCUUUUGUAACCACUGAUGAUUGGGGAGUGCUGUCUCACCUCAGUACUGCCUGUGGAUUUAUGCCUGUGCCUCUUAAAAUGGGGAGGAUCCCAAUAUCUUUAAAAUAUGUUUGUGUAUGUAUUUUUCUUGUAGCAUGAAGUGUUUAUCUCUGUCAAACUACUCUUAAAUAUAUAUAAAAAUAAUCUGUAUUCUUAAAUGUUUUGUAAAAUUCAUAGUGAAUUUAUUGAGUAGACAUACAGAAUAUAAGUGUUUAAGGUACAGAAUAAAUUUCUUGAAGCA